AUGACUUCACUUUCAUCCUCGGCAUUUGAAUCACCAUCCACGAGUAGCAGCCGAAUCAAAUCAUCAUCCUCUUCCAAUUCAACAUCAACCCGAAACAGAUCGAAAAAGAAAGGGUCUAACAAAAAACAUCAUGAAACUGAAAACCUUGAAUCUAAUUGCAUUAAAAUCGGGAAAAAUCUGUUUUUUGAAGACGAUGAGCGUUCCGAUUUUGAAGACAAUGUCACUUGUCACAAUGUGCAAUUAUUUAUUGACUCUCAAUUUGUUUGUGAUGAAAUGUUAAAAAAGAAUUCACAACAAUAUCACACAACUCCCUCACCCCCACCUCUAGUUUCUAACUUAAUAAUCAAAAAUCGAAUUGAACAGUUCACCAAACAACAAAAUAUAGAUCCCGAGUUAAUUUUAAGAGACAUGAUUGAAAAGGAAGGUAUUUUUACAAAAAAAGAAAUUGAACAGCAAGAAAAACAAAGAGAAAUGCAUUAUUCAAACAACAAUGAAAUGUUAACAAAACAAAAUGAAUUAUUUAAGAAAUAUGAAAUCAGAGAUCGUAAAAAUAGAGUUUUUGACAUUAGAAAUGUCAUUAGAUACAUCACAAAUGAAGAAGCUCUCUAUGCUCUCAAAUUAUGUAAUAAUAGUGAAGAAGAGACUAUCCUUAAAUUAAGCUCAGAUUUCUCAUUUCUUCAACAAAUCAGAAAAGAAAUUGCUUUAGAUUACAAUCCAAAUCCAAAUUUAACAGUUGAACAUUUGGUUCCCAUUGCUGAUAAAUGGAAUUAUGAAAUGGAAUCAGUGAAUGAAGAAAAUGAAAUGAAUAUUGAUAAUGACAAUGAAAUUUCUGAAACUCAUGAUACUACAAACAUCCAAGUUAACUCCACUCACAAAAAAAGGAAUUCAAAAAGAGAACAGAAAGUUGAAAGAGAAGAAAAUUCCUCAUUACUCCAUUCAGAUCUACCAUCGAGUCAUGCAUCAUCUAGUUUUUCUGAUGUCGAAGAAGAAGAAUAUAAGGAUGAUGAAAAUGAUGAUGAUUUUGUAAUGAAGAGUCAUUCAUCAAGGAGUAAGAAAAAGGCAUCUUCUAAAACGACUACCUCAUUGAAAUCUCAAAAGAAAAAGUCGUCUAAUGAUGCACACACAAUGAAAAGCAACCACACCAGAAAAAAGAAACAUCCAUCUAGUAGUAGUAGUAGUAAUAGUAAGAAUCACAAUUCAGAAUCAGGAGAGGAUGAAGAGGUCCAUGCACGCAAUUCAUCCUCUCGAAUGGUACGCCAUGACAUGGAACAAGCCAAUCAUGACGAUGACGACGAAGAAGAAUCCAUUCCAUCCGAACAAGAUGAACAAGACUUUAUCGAUGAUCAUGACAUUUUAGAAUUCAACCCUCAUGAGGAUGAAAAUUCAGAGGAUGAUGCCUCAUCCAAAGAACCCAAACGAAAAAGAAAAGCCUCUUCCUCAACAACCACCACAAGCACUUCCACUCGUCGUCGAAAACAAAAAUCCAAGUCCAACACUGGCUCGACACCAACAACAAGGCUUCUUCUUGAUGAUGCACUGACCGAUGUACAGACAAAAGAAGGUUGGUCCAAAGCAAGAAUUGAAGCCUAUGCAAAAAUCAAAACAAAUCCCAAUGUUUACUAUUAUAGAUUUAAUGAACCUGGCGAAUCACAACGGAAUGGCAAAUGGAGUGAGCAAGAAAAGGCCAAAUUUAUUAAAAAGCUGAAGGAAUAUAUUGCCGAGACGGACAACUUUCAGUGGGGCAUAUUCUCUAAACGUAUUCCAGGACGAGUUGGAUAUCAAUGUAGUAACUUUUAUCGAACUCUUUUGAAAUCAGGUGAGAUUAAGGAAGAUUGGGUUGAAAAUUUUAAAAAGAGUUGUGCGAGCAACAACAGCAAUUCCUCCAAUAAGAAACGUAAAAAGUCAUCACAACAAUCACGACAACAAUCUAAAAAGAAGAAGAAGAUGAUUCACGACGAAGAAGAGGAGACUCAUACACCUCCUGAUGAUUCUACCACGGUCAAUGAUAGUGAAUCCAUUUCCUCACAUACCGAGAGUACCAAUACAAAUACUACACUCGAGAGUAAUCAAGAUGAAGAGGAGGAAGAGAGCGAAGAUGAAGAAGCAGCGUUUGUCAAUUAUUUCCAAGGCUUCAUCGAUCCCAUCACAUCAGAAGAGAUUGAAGAACCUGCCAUUUCACCUUAUGGUCAUGUGUUAGGAUACAAGACUUGGCUUAAAGUUUUGAAUACCGAACCUAAGAAUACAUGUCCAUUCACCAAACAACCACUCACCAAGAGAAACUUAACCAAGCUCAAUUUUGAAAACUUUGAAGAGUAUCGAGAAAAGAUUCUAAAUUUUAAUGAGGAUUGA